GCGGUGCCACACGCGGGUACACACAUACACACACAGAUACACACACAGAUACACACAGUACACAUACACACAGAUACACACACAGAUACACACAGACACAUACACACAGAUACACACAGAUACACAGACACACACAGAUACACACAGAUACACACGCAGACACACACAGAUACACACAGAUACACAGACACACACACAGAUACAGACAGUACACACAGAUACACAUAGUACACAGACACACUGACACACGCUGAUACACACAGACACAGACAGUACACAGACACACACACACAGACACACGCUGAUACACACAGACGCACGCAGACAGACACGCACACAGACACACAGUGGUGACACAUGCGUGCUUUGCGGCACAGUCCUCGCUGUUAGCUUGCUGUACCGCCGUCGACAACAACAACGGCAGCAACAACAACAUCAACAACAACAACAGCAACAACAGCGCCCGUGAUGGAGAGCGAGGGAGAGAAGGCGGCGGGUCUGGACUGCUCUCCUCCUCCUGCCUCUGCGCCGCUGCGGCGAGAGUCGUCGGCGUCGUCCCACAGGGACCAGUUCGGCGUCUCCACCACCAACUCCACCACCACCAACUCCACCACCAACACAUCCACCACCACCUCCUCGUCGUCGGCGGCGGCUUCGGACGAGGUCCCGGACCAGCUGAGGAGGUCGAAAUUUAUGGACUUCAUGAGGCCGGGCGGCAGGCGCGAGCGCCCCAACUCGGUGCGCUACGCCAGCGGCGGUGCCGGCGGCGGCCCCGUCGAGAUGUCGGAGCCCGUCCUGGCGUCGCCCUCCGCCGUCCUCGCCUCCUCCAACCUCUCCGAGAAGGAGAUCCAGCCGCUCUUCGAGAAGAUGAUGGAGGACCUCAACCUGAGUGAGGCUAAGAAGGCGCCGCUGCGGGAGAAGGAUCUGUGCACCAAGCGUGAGAUGGUCGUCCGCUACGUGGGCAACUCGUCCAAGUCGCAGGGCGUGCGCUCGAGCGAGGAGAGCGCGCUGUGCUCGUCGCAGGAGUACGUCUACGGCCUCAAGACGAGCCUCAACGACGAGAAGCUGCUCACGUGCCUCGAGUCGCUGCGAGUCUCGCUCAACAGCAAUCCCGUCAGCUGGGUGGAGAAUUUUGGCAAGGAGGGCUGUGGGCUGCUCCUGACCUCGCUGAAAACUCUGCAGGACUCAAACCGCUCCGACGCGAUCUGCAAGAAGAACCAACACGAGAUUAUCCGCUGCCUCAAGGCCUUCAUGAACAACAAGUACGGCAUCAUGCGAAUGCUCGCGGAGGAGAAUGGCGUCUACCUCCUGUCCCGGGCCGUCGACCCGGCCUACCCGCCCAUGAUGGCCGACGCCGUGAAGCUGCUGUCGGCGCUGUGCAUCCUGGAUGAGGGCGGCAUGCACGGCAGGAUCCUGGAGGCUCUGACUCGGCACGUGGAGGCGAGUGCGGUGGAGAAGGAGGAGGAGCGCUUCUCCCGCAUCGUGCGGGGGGUGCAGCAGCAGCAGAGCUUCCCACUCAAGGUGGCGUGCAUGCAGCUGAUCAACGCUCUCGUCACCUCCGUGGACGAGCUCGACUUCCGGCUUCACCUGCGCAGCGAGUUCAUGCGCUGUGGCCUCGUCGACCUCCUGCCGGAGCUGAGGAAGCUGGAGAACGAGGAGCUCGAGGUCCAGCUGAAGGUGUUCGAUGAAAACCGCGAGGAAGAUUCUCUGGAGCUCUCUCACCGCUACCACGACAUUCGCUUGGAGAUCGACGAUGUCCAGGAGGUCUUCUCGGUGGUGGCGAACGUGGUGAAGGACACUGCGGCAGAGGGCUUCCUCCUCUCGCUGCUGCAGCACCUCCUGCUCGUGCGCAACGACUUCUACGCCCGGCCUCAGUACUACCGGCUGGUGGACGAGUGCGUCUCUCAGAUCGUGCUCCACCGGGGCGGCUGCGAUCCCGACUUCCGGCACGGCAAACGAUUCUGCCUGGACGUGGAGCACCUCAUCGAGGGGAUGGUGGACAGAAAAUCGGCGGAGAUCGAACGGAAGGUGGAGGAACUCGCAAAGCAGCUGGAGGCGGAGCUGGCUGCGAGGCAGGAGAUGCAGGUCGCGCUGCAGCAGAAGGAGAACCGGGAGCGCGAGCUCGAGGGCGAGGUGGCGCGCAUCCAGCAGCAGAUCGUGUCGGGCGGCGGCGCGGUCACGGGCACCGCCGGGGCAACCUCGCCACCCCCCCCGCCGCCGCCCCCGCCGCCCCCGCCACCCCCCCCUCCCCCCGGCCUCGGGGGACCGCCCCCUCCCCCGCCGCCCCCUCCCCCUCCGGGGGGGCCUCCGGGCGCGCCGCCGAUGGCGGGGGCCUUCAACGCCUUGCCCCCCGGCGUGAAGCCCAAGAAGGAGUACAAGCCCAGCGUGGUGCUCAAGCGCGCCAACUGGAGCAAGAUUGCACCACAGGAAAUGCCGUCGGACUGCUUCUGGCUGCAGACGAGCGAGGAUCGCUUCGAGAGCCCCGAGCUCAUGGCUCAGCUCGCCCUCACCUUCUCCUCGCAGGGCAAAGGAAAGAAAGACGAUGACGCGGACGGCAAUAAGCUGCUGACGCAGAGGAAGAAGGUCAAAGAGCUGAAGGUCCUGGACCCCAAGGCGGCGCAGAACCUGUCCAUUUUCCUGGGCUCGUUCAAGAUGUCCUACGUGGGCAUCAAGAACGCCGUUCUCUCCGUGGACGAGGAGAAUCUCACCGAGUCCAUGGUGCAGAACCUCAUAAAGCAGCUGCCGGAACCGGACCACCUGGCGUCGCUCAUGCAGAUGCGCGAUGACUUCGAGGAGAUGUGCGAGCCGGAACAGUUCGCCGUGGUGAUCGGCUCGGUGCCGCGCCUGCGGCCGCGCCUCGCCGCCAUCCUGCUGCGCCUGCAGCUGGCGGAGCAGGCCGGCGUGCUGAGCCCGGCCAUGGUGGCGGUGAGCGCCGCGUGCGACGAGGUGCGGCGCAGCGCCGGACUGGCGCGCCUCCUGGAGCUGGUGCUGCUCGUGGGCAACGUGAUGAACGCCGGCUCGCGCAACGCCGGCGCCCACGGCUUCCAGUUCUCCUUCCUGAAGCGGCUGAAGGACACGAAGUCACACGACCAGUCCCAGACGCUGCUGCACUUCCUGGCUCGGCUGUGCGAGGAGAAGCACCCGGACAUCGCGAGGUUCACCAGCGAGAUCGCCAGCGUCGAGAUGGCGGCCAAAGUGUCGACGGAGAACGUGCAGAAGAGCGUCACCGCCAUGGGCACGCAGCUCCAGCAGCUGGACAAGGAGCUGAAGACCUUCCCGGCGAGCAGCGACCCCAACGACCAGUUCGUGGCCAAGAUGACGGGCUUCCUGCGCGCGGCGCUCGAGACGCACGGCAAGCUGGUGCAGCAGCGCGACGGGAUGGACCGCCGCUACCGCGAACUGGGCCGCUUCUACGCCUUCGACAUCGCCAAGGUGCCCCCCGAGGAGUUCUUCGCCGACCUGGAGGAGUUUCGCUCCGCCUUCCAGGACGCUCUCCGUGACAACGCCAAGCGUCGCGAGACGGAGGAGAAGAUCGGGCGGGCGCGCAUCGCCAAGGAGGCGGCGGAGAAGGAGCGCUCGGAGCGCCGGCAGCGGCGCAAGCACCUGGCGGACAUCGAGCGGCCCGAGGGUGGUGAGACGGGAGUUAUGGACACGUUGCUGGAGGCGCUGCAGUCCGGCGCUGCCUUCCGUGAGCGGCGCAAGCGGAGCCCCCCCCAGACAGGAGAGGAGAACUGCGCUCCGAUCGGUGCAAAGAAGCAGGCAACGGAGAAAGCGGCAGCCAAUGCGACAACGACGGCGACGAAGGGUGGUCAGAAAACCCAGGAUCGGAAUCGCGCCGCGCGGACUCCGGCAUCGAAUGCGGAUCCGUCCGCUCGUCACAAUCGCAAGGCCGAUCCGGGGUCCAAUCGCAAGGGCGAUCCGGUCGGGAACGCCGACUCCCUGCUGGCACGGCUGCGCAACCUGUGAGCCGCGGUGCAUUCUGGGACGAACACCGCGAGCGGAACGCAUCGCGGGAUCGCCCCGGGCGGUUGAAUGAUCGGUUCGAGGAUGUCGCGGGAAGUGGCGCGGGAGGUGAUGGGACAAAGACGCGGCCUGGGAUGGACUUGCGACGAGAUGCGGCCGCCUGCCGCUCCUCGCUGCCGUGGGCGCAGUUGUACGAAGACGAAGAGACGCCUUGCCGCCUCGUCGCCUCCGGAGGCCGUCGGGCCGAGUGUCGCUAGCGAGGCUGUGCGCGGCGCUGUAUCAUAGGACACGGUGAUUGUAGGUCAAAUUAACGUGGGUGAGUGGUGAGCUCGGUUAGGCGAGUUAAUUAGCGGCUCGGGAGGCUAAUUUAUUAACGAAGGAAUGUAUCAUUACCUGCCGAGUCGAUUAUAUACAGUAUAAAUAUAUAGGAUGAUUAGUCCACUCGUAUUCACGGGACCAAUUGCUUUGCAAUAUUCGGUUAACGCGUCUGCACGACGCGCAGAUGCCACAAACGUUACUGCGGCUGCCACUUUUACAGCCUUCGUGGGGGUCACGGCCACAAUUCUCUCCGCGCGUGUAACGAUGCCGUGUGUGUAUUGGAGGUGUAAUGAUGCUUCGGUCGUUAUUAUUACUACUGUUACUAAGAUGGCGUUGCGUAAGAAUCGGGGAGUCAGAUUCGUGUGCGUCGACCGCUGGUGUUUUCAGAGAAAGGGUUAUAGAGUCGCGGCAAUUCGUGGAAUCAACCCCCCCCCCCUCCCCCGUUACCACCGGUGCCGCUGCACGGGAGGUGACAGGUCGGUCCUGGGUGAUGUCAUCGUUGACCUCGUAGGGGGGGGGGGGGGGGUUCCCGCCUUUGGAGGGUGGCGGUUAUUUGGCGGCCACCAUUUUUAAAGGGGCAUCUCCGAGUAAUCGCCGUCGAUGAGCGGGAGUUGUUUACAAAAAAAUGUUUUAGCUCGUCCGAUUUUUAUAUUGUAAUUUUUAUUAAAGCUGCCAAGACCAGAUUGAGAGACCACCUUUUUGAAAAGAAUCGAUGAAAACAGCUCGGAAGCCCACGCAACCCGGCUCCACUUAGCCUGGAGCUGACGUGGCAUGAGCUCAACCGAAGCGACAUCCGUGGGAAGAAAAAAAUGUGACUUUUAAAAUUGUGGUCUGUGGUUUCGGCCGCAAUUUUAUUUUAAAGGUAUCCCUCGAUUAACGAACGUUAGGUUUACGAAUUUCCGCAUGAAAGCAGUUGACAUUAUGGACGCCUUUUGAUGAACGAAAUUGAAUUCUCACGUGGGCCAAAUCUCAACAACGGCACGCCGGGCACCGUGAGAUCAUCAAACGCGCGGAGGCUGCGUCGUCAUCCAUCGGAUACAGCGUCACGGAGUCCCUGCAGUGCAAACGUGACGUCUCCGCGUCGCCUCAGCGUCACUCCAACGUGCAGCAGAUCUUUUGGCGAGUUCCCUGAAAAGGCGAAUUGUUAUAAUUGUUAUAAAUUGUGAUUCGAUUGAUUUAAUGUCAACGUUCUUUAUUACUAUUUUUGGAUUGCUAAACGUGAUAGAUAGAGGUGGUGUCCGAGUUGGAAUGACUGUCCGAAACACAUUCCGAAUGUUCUUGUAUUGAAGUCACGGGAAAAGCCAUUCUGCGACAUUUCCUGCUGCUCGUGGUUUUCGACGGACGCGCGUCCCUUUCGUGAACCGAGGGAUACCUGCAAUUGUGUCUGUGCCGAUAACACGGAUUGAACCUUGGGGCGGAUUAUUAUCAGGCUCGCGGAUUAACAACCCGCGUCCGUUCCGCACGUGGUACGCGUCCGUCCCGGUUCAAUCUGUCGGUCGCUCCUCACUCGUCGCGGGCUCUGGAACCCGGUUUUCCACGUGGACCGGGCUCAUCCGGCACUGAUGAUCGCCGCGAGCCGGGACUGGUGUGCGCUCGCCAGAUCUCUGAACCUAAAUUUCGAUUUAAAGCUUUCGUGACUGCAGGGAUUCAUCUUCUUGGUUCUUUCGGUAAAGUCACGUGACUUUACCGAAAGAACCAAGAAGAUGAAUCUCUGAGCCUCUCCGCGAUUUGAGUUUCCCGGUGUUCCGCGGAAUGGGCAGCGGCCGCCUCGCUCGCGAUUAGCGGGGAUCGGAUCGUCGAGUCUUCUCGGCGAAGGGUUGACCACCUUGUCAUUGGUCGAUCGCAAGGGUGAAUUUAAACCGGGACUGCCACCACGCGCUCCUGGGAGGACUUCGCAAAGCGGGGAACGUGUCUCGGUUGUUUUUCUGGAAUUGCGUUUUUAUUCAAACUGUUCUCAAACUUUGUCGUUUGUAUUUGUUUUUAUUACCUUAUGUAGGUUCAUGUGGCACCUUAUUCCAAGGCGCUUUACAACAAUGAUGAAAUUGUACGUAAGAGUAAACUUCCCAUUCUACAUUAGGCAGCCCCCCCCGCCUUCCGUUCUUCUCUUAAAGCCUCAACAUCAACAUCUUCUCCAUCGCCCCGUCAUCCCUCCCCACGUGAUCCCUUUUCGUGAUCCCCUAAGCAACCCCCUCUAUCGCUGCUCUCACUCGUCCCUCAAUGCCACGUGGCAUGCCCCCCCCCCCCCGCAUCACCCGCAUCGUUCCAACUUGUGGCACAGAGAAAGGGGGGGGUCAGCUGGGAGCGUCGUGGACUCGAUGGGACAGAGCGGUGAUGGACAAUCCACUGCCCCGGUCUGUCGUUGAGGGUCCGUUUUGUAUUUGGACCAGGGAAGAUUUUGCGCUUUACUGUUUUAAAGGCGGCCGCUCGCUUGUUUUGACACUGAAGUGCAUUCGCGUGUGUACGUGCUUUUUUAUUAAUAAUAAUAUUGCAACAGUUUUAUAAUCGCUUGUAAAUUUAAGCGGUAAUGGGCACGGCCAUUGUCGUCAUUUUACUACCGAGCCUAACCCUUCGCAUUGCACUAGAAUAUUGUUUUUAUUAUUGAUAAACAAAAAAUAUAUUAUAAUGCAAUACCCAUAGCUAUAUUGUUAUUGUUACGUGUCGGGUCCAAUGCCAGGUUGAAGUCGCCAAAGUCGGGUUGAGUUGACCCGAUGGUUUUUUGCGCAUUGCCACGCUCUCGCUGUGGAUGGUUCAAAGCCAUGGGUUUUCAACAAACCUGCACGUCCUGUCAGUUCUCCCAGCGGGACACGAUACAAUAAAACUUAACAAUAAGCACG